CUCUCAUCCUUUACACUUCCCCACAACACAAACAGGAUUUUUCUUCCCCUCUCUCGUUUCACUGUCAGAAAAAAAAACCUUUUCGAUUUUCCGCAGAAACGAUGGAUCGGAAUACCUGUUGUCUACUCGCUUUCGUCUGUCUAGUAGUAGCCACCGUCGGCGGCCAGUCUCCCGCCGCCGCACCAGCCGUCGCACCUACUGUAGCAGCUACUCCACCACCACCCACUGCAACCCCACCUCCGGCUUCAGCUCCCGUCUCAACUCCUCCGGCUGCGGCUCCAGUCUCCUCUCCCCCGGCUUCAGCUCCGGUUUCAACUCCUCCGGUCAGUACUCCGCCGCCGGCUGCGGCACCAGUGAGCACUCCUCCUCCUGCCGCGCCAGUGAGCGCACCACCGACACCCGCCCCAGUCCAGUCACCUCCAUCUCCAGCUCCCGUAGCGGCGACUCCACCGAUCGAGUCCUCUCCUCCGGCUCCGGCUUCCGCUCCACCCACCGAGCCGCCGGCUAAGGCGCCUGCUCCAAGCAAGAAGAAGAGCAAGAAGCACGGCGCACCCGCCCCUGCUCCAGAACUCUCCGGUCCACCCGCGCCUCCCGCCGGAGCUCCGGGACCCAGCGACGACUCCAUUUCUCCUAGCCCUACGUCACUCGCAGAUCAGAGCAAUGGUAGUGCAGAAAAAAUAACAACGGUGCAGAAGCUGCUUGGAAGCCUUGCAAUGGGAGUGGCCAUGUUUGUCUUCCUCUGCUAGACAACAUUUAGAUUCCUCUUUUUUUUGGGCUGAAAGUACUAUUCUACCCCUCCACUGCAGAUGCGGCCUUAAUUCGGACAGUUAACAUUAAACUUUUACAUUUCUUUUGUUUAUAAAUGUUUGUUGUUAUCGGAUCGGAUCUUUGUUGCGGGGCUGUGAUUCGGAUCCGCUUAGGGAUUUGCCACGUUUUGUCUCUCUCUCUCUCUCUCUUGUUUUCUUUUGGUAACUUCAGUGAGAGAGAGAGAGAGAGAGAGAGAGAGUGAGAUUCUGAUGGGGAGGCUUUUUCUACUUUUUUUUUUUAUUAUUCACUGCCAUUUUGGAUUCUUGCUUAGUUGAUUGAAUUUUAUUCUAUUGAUUGGCAUUUCUUAA